UACUUUGCUACUGAAAUGUAGUGAUGCAGGCAGGCGGAAGCUUGCUAGAUCGAAGCCCAUCAGGUUCUUUCUUUUAAAACACGAUACUUUAAUCAAAAUUUUCAUUCACCUGUUACCAAACCCAUCCAUUAAUCAUGGUUCGUUUGGACGAUAUUUUGGUGGACAUUGGUCAGUUCGGGUCUUUUCAGAAGAGGGUUUUUGCCAUCUUAUGUCUGAUUGUUUUCACUUCCUCGUGGCAGUCAAUGAUUACCGUUUUCCUUGCAGCAACAUCGGACCACUGGUGCGCGGUGCCACAAUGGAACGACUUCGACUGCAGCGCUGCCGGACUCAGCGACAAAUCGUGCAUGCUCGCUAUGAAGAACGCCAGCAUACCCGUCAACUACACGACCGACAACGAACUCGUGUACGCGCAGUGCGUGAAAUACAACGUGUCUGGUGUUGCGUUUGAUCCAAGCGUCGAUCCAUUCAAUGACCACAGCUGGCCGACAUCGCAAGUCAUCGAAUGCGACGACGGAUGGGUGUACGACAGAAGUCAAUACAAAUCGUCCAUAGUCACUGAUUAUGACCUGGUGUGUGACAAGGGAGAUCUUUUUCAAGUAUCUCAAUCCGUUUUCUACGCCGGAUAUUUAGCCGGUUCGAUUAUCAACGGUUCACUGGCCGAUGUUGUGGGACGAUGGUGGACGUUAAUGGUACUGAUGGUUGUUCGGCUUGUUGUCGGUGUUGCUUUGGCAUUCUCACCAAAUUGGUAUGUCUUCACUGUUCUACGGUUCUUCCAGGGGUAUGCUGCCAUCUCCAUCUACAUUAUCUCUUUCAUCGUGGGAACUGAGUUCGUCGGGCCAUCGAAACGUAAUGUCACUGGUAUAAUGUUCGUAGUGCCUUUUGCUAUUGGCUACGUGUGUCUUGCGGGGAUAGCGUACUUUGUGCGAUACUGGAGAACCUUAGAACUAAUUUGCGCUUCGCCAGCACUUAUCUACAUAGUCUUGAUGUUCUUUCUUCCUGAAUCUGUGCGUUGGCAAAUAUCGGUGGGAAGGUACGAUAAAGCAGAAAAGACCUUGGAAAAAAUCGCAGACUCCAACAACAAAUCUCUGUCAGGUCCGAUCUUCAGCAAUGAAUUCAAGAAAGAACAAGAAGUUGCACCGAAGGAAAGAAGAGCCACAGGAUUAGAUUUAUUCCGCUAUCCUCGAAUGAGACUAAGAACCAUCAACCUUAUUUUCAACUGGAUGGUGAAUGCUAUGGUUUACCACGGUCUAUCAUUAAACACUUCUAACCUCGGUGUCAACGACUACGUCGCUUUCGCAGUCUCAGGAGCCGUCGAGGUACCGGCAUACUUAAUCUCCGUGUUCGCUAUCGAGAUCAAGAUCAUCGGUCGGAAGAUAAGCCUCAGCACAUGUUUGUUGGUAGGCGGUGUCGCCUGCCUCUGUACAACUUUUAUACCACCUGGGGCUGCACUCACAUCCGUCGCCAUGAUUGGUAAAUUUGGAAUUUCAGCGUCAUUUGCGAUCCUGUAUCUCUAUACUGCGGAACUCUACCCAACCAACAUUAGGAGUGCGGCUAUGGGUACGUGUUCGAUGUUUUCACGCAUCUCUGGUAUAUUGGCGCCACUCAUACUCACACUGGCAAGGAUUUGGACUCCACUUCCACUGGUCAUCUACGGAUCUGUCUCGGUCAUUGCCGGUCUCCUCACCCUCUUCCUGCCCGAAACGUUGGGGCAGAAACUUCCCGAGACCAUCGAAGAAGGCGAAAAUUUUGGGAUAAAUUCUGACGAGGACAAAUCCUCCUCUGGUAAAAACGGCAUCUACAUUCUCAAUCAGGAGGGUAAAGAAGAUAAGAAGGAUAAAGAGGAGAAGGGUGUGGUCACAACCAAUGAGUACGAUAAUCCUUCAUUUGAUAUCCAGGACGAGAAAUAUGACGGCAAAAGGGAGAGUAGCGUCCAAGUCGACCUGUCCUAAAAAUAUAAUCCAACAAACAAGAGAUAUAAAAAAAAUCACACUUCACUGCAAUUAUUGUUCGAUAUUUGAAUUCAGAAAAUGCUUGAAGACGAGCUAAUAAUAAUGGGCCACUAUAAUGUUGCGUUUAGAUAAGACAUUUGUUUCGGUCAUAAAAGAAACCCUUUCAAUAUCAUAUCAUAAAUCUCAA